AUGUCACAUACUGAGUCUAUCUACCAUGCUCAACCAUCAGAAAACCAAAUCCGCCUUCUCCGACUCAACACGGAUACGUCAUCUUCAGAUGCAGGUUUUCUCGAGAUAGUAUCACUCGACGAUGCACCACAAUUCUACGCCAUUAGCCAUUGUUGGGGUACUAAAGCUCAUGAUACUGUCAUUAAAAUUGAUGGACGUCCACUAAGUUUAACGUCGGACUUGGCAUCUGGACUCAACGUGUUGCAAGACCUAGCCAUCACUGGUUCCAACUUCGACCCUCCACUGAGAUAUAUCUGGAUCGAUAGUAUCUGCGUCAACCAACAAAGUAUCUCAGAUCGCUCAACACAGGUGGCUCUCAUGCGACAAAUUUAUUCGACAUCGGUGACCACUCUGGUAUGGCUCGGACCUGAACAACCUUGGGUCACGUCAGCAUGGAGGCUACUGGACCAGAUAUAUCAUGUCUUUAAGUCUACCUGCCCCGAGGUACAGCGUGAGAACGACAUGUCUGUUGGCACAUACUCGGACUCAUUACAUCAACACACAGGCCUGCCCACAUGGGAUUACGAGAGUUGGGGACAUCUUAGAGAAAUGAUGCACCUCGACUGGUUCUCUAGGAUCUGGGUUGUACAAGAGGUCGUUCUAUCCCCCAAAGAUCCCACCAUCAUCUGCGGAAGUCAUCUAUACCCAUGGCAUAGACUGCAAUGGGCAAGUUCGUGGCUACGUCGGAAGGGAUAUAUGAGACUAUCGCAAAUUCCAGAAAAGCUACUCAAUGUAAGUAACAUGGGUAACUUACGAUACUGCCGGGCAAACUGGCCACUGGACGCCUUGUUGUCGUUUACAAUGACGAAAUUCCACGCAACAGACCAGAGAGAUAAGAUAUUCGGUCUUCUCGGUAUAGCGGCAGAGUGUCAAGAUCCAUCACGAAUUCCACCUGCCUUGCGUCCAGACUAUAGCGCCGACUUGACAAGUACGUAUUUAAAAGUGGCUCGUUUCUUGUUGGAGAAUGGCAGUUCACUUGCUAUACUCACUCGGGCACAUGGCGCAGAUGGCUGCUUAAUGAGAAAACAGCGAGUACACAAUCUUGCAGACUUGCCCUCUUGGACUCCCGACUGGAGCGAUUUUCGGGUCUUUAACAAAGGUAUACGGACAAGUCUUGCUCGUGUGCACUUCUCUGAUCUAGAAAAGCCACCUAGGCUAGGGUUUGCCAAGUCAUUUGCCGCAUCUUCUAGCCUGGAGCUGAAGUUACAUGAAGUCGAGAACAUGUCUGUUCUCCGCGUUAGUGUUGCGAGAUUAGCUAUAGUAACCCAUUGUUGUUACUUUGGCGAGAACGAGGCAUCGAAAGAAGAUUUCAAACAUACAAUCGACCAGAACCUGCGAGCGGCAUGGAAUAUGUCUCUUUCAGUGCUGACUGUAGGUGACUUGACUUCUUGGGUAACAAGCUUCGUCAAGACCACUACUGCCGAGCGCUAUGACCUUAUCGGACUUUCAUACGAACAGACAAUGAAAGACGGCAUGGCGUAUCUCGUUCGGCAAUUAGAGAUUCAAGGAACGGAAAUGAGGUUGCCUUGUGACGAGGGCGAUAGGGGAAAGAAUAUCGACCUGCUGCAACAGCUGUCGGUAGGCGGAAAUGCCAAGGACUACAUUACUCUAGCCUACACUUAUUGCUUUAGUAGGUGCUUCGUGACAACGUCUACGGGGAAUGUCGGGAUUGGUCCAUCGGAUACCCGGGUUGGUGAUUUCGCUGCUGUCAUCCUGGGUAGCGAUGUGCCGUACAUUCUUCGGAAUAAUGGAACUUUGUGGUCCUUUAUCGGGGAGUCGUACAUGGAAGGAUAUAUGGAUGGUGAGGCGGCGAAGAUGAUAAAGCAAGGGGUAAUUCAAGAGGAGGUACUGGAUAUUAGAUAG